AUGGGCAAGGUAAGUACUAUUAUCUUUUACGAGGACAAGAACUUCCAGGGUCGGAGCUAUGAGUGCAGCAAUGACUGCACGGACCUUCACUCGUACUUCAGCCGCUGUAACUCCAUCCGGGUGGAGAGCGGCUGCUUCAUGAUCUAUGAGCGACCCAACUUCAUGGGCCACCAGUACUUCAUGAGGAGGGGAGAGUACUCGGACUACCAGAGGUGGAUGGGCUUCAGUAGCUGUAUCCGCUCGUGCAGGAUGAUUCCACUGUAUCGAGGUUCCUACAGAUUGCGUAUCUACGAGAAGCCUGACUUCAGCGGUCACAUGAUGGAGUUCAUGGAUGACUGUCCCUGUGUGUCUGACCGUUUCCAUCACCGCCACGUCUACUCCAGUAAUGUUAUGAAUGGCUUCUGGAUCUUCUAUGAGUACCCCAACUACCGAGGCAGACAGUACUUCCUGAGGCCCGGCGAGUACAGGAGGUACCGCGACUGGUGCGCCACCUGCGCCAUCGUCGGCUCCUUCAGGAGGGUCACCGAAUUUUAG